CCUGCCAGCGCCCUCCCGAGCUGCUUGGCGCCCGGCGUCCCGYGCCCGCCUGAACAGCUCUUGUGCCCCACAGCCCGGCCAGAGGCCGAGGAAGGCGGGCGAAGUAAGGGGGCGCGGCGUGAAGCAGCCUCCCCAGCCGUGAGCGGGUAGCUAACGCCUAGUAGCGAGCGCCAGGGACCGCAGGAGUUCGAGGAGCGCGGCGACGGGGGGCGGACAUCAGCGCCCGUGCAGCGAGAUGCCGGGCCUCCGAGUGUGAGCCGAGCCAGGAGGGCCCCGAGCCACCUGCGCCCCCCUCCCCUCUCCCUGCCCCCAGUCUUUCGGGGGCGCCCAAAUCCCCUUCCCCUGAGUUCCUUAGCAGUCCCUAACAACCCCCAUCGCCCUCUGCUCCCUCCCGGCCGCCGCAACCAACCCCGAGGAGGGAUGACCCUCUCCGGCGGCGGCAGCGCCAGCGAUAUGUCCGGCCAGACGGUGCUGACGGCCGAGGACGUGGACAUCGAUGUGGUGGGCGAGGGUGACGACGGGCUGGAGGAGAAGGACAGCGACGCGGGUUGCGAUAGCCCUGCGGGGCCGCCGGAUCUGCGCCUGGACGAGGCGGACGAGGUGCCUCCGGUGACACCCCAUCACGGGCAGUCUCAGCCGCCCCACCAGCAGCCYCUGGUAUUGCCCAAGGAGGCGGCAGGAGCCGGGGCCGGGGCCGGGCCUGCGAGCGAGGCGGGAGCGCCGGAGGCGGACGGCUGCAAGGGUGGCGAAGAGGGCGGCACGAGCGGUAGCGGGCCCGGCGCGGGUAGCGGUGCGGCUGGCGGCCUGACUCCAAGCAAGCCCAAGAACAGCCUGGUGAAGCCACCCUACUCGUACAUCGCGCUCAUCACGAUGGCCAUCCUGCAGAGCCCGCAGAAGAAGCUGACCCUGAGUGGCAUCUGUGAGUUCAUCAGCAAUCGCUUCCCCUACUAUCGGGAGAAGUUCCCCGCCUGGCAGAACAGCAUCCGCCACAACCUCUCACUUAAUGACUGCUUCGUCAAGAUCCCCCGCGAGCCGGGCAACCCAGGCAAGGGCAACUACUGGACCCUGGACCCGCAGUCCGAGGAUAUGUUCGACAACGGCAGCUUCCUGCGGCGCCGGAAACGCUUCAAGCGCCACCAGCAGGAACACCUGCGCGAGCAGACGGCGCUCAUGAUGCAGAGCUUCGGCGCUUACAGCUUGGCGGCAGCGGCAGGCGCCGCGGGACCUUACGGCCGCCCCUACGGCCUGCACCCAGCGGCCGCAGCCGGUGCCUACUCGCAUCCAGCGGCUGCAGCAGCUGCAGCAGCGGCCGCAGCGCUCCAGUACCCAUAUGCCCUGCCGCCAGUGGCGCCCGUGCUGCCGCCCGCCGUGCCCUUGCUGCCCUCGAGCGAGCUGGGCCGAAAAGCGGCCGCCUUCGGUUCGCAGCUCGGCCCGGGCCUGCAGCUCCAGCUUAAUAGCCUAGGCGCGGCCGCGGCUGCCGCGGGCACGGCGGGCGCGGCGGGCACCACGUCGCUCAUCAAGUCUGAGCCCAGCGCGCGGCCGUCGUUCAGCAUCGAGAAUAUCAUCGGAGGGGGCCCCGCGGCGCCGGGCGGCUCGGCCGGGAGCGCUGGCGGUGCCAGUGGCACUGGGGGGGCUGGGGGUAGCGGGGGCGGCGGCACGGCACAAUCUUUCUUGCGGCCGCCCGGGACCGUGCAGUCGGCGGCGCUCAUGGCCACGCACCAGCCGCUGUCGCUGAGCCGGACGACUGCUACCAUCGCGCCCAUUCUGAGCGUGCCGCUCUCUGGACAGUUCCUGCAGCCUGCAGCCUCCGCCGCCGCCGCCGCUGCCGCCGCCGCUCAAGCCAAAUGGCCAGCGCAAUAGGGACGCGCCGGUGGCCGGGGCGCAGGCCGGUCGGCAGCCUCAGGCAGCGUGUGCAUUUCCCGGCUGCGCGCUCUGCCCCGGUCCCGGUCCCCCUGCCUAAUCCUGGACUCGGCCAUAUCCAACCCCUACCCCGAUCCCCCAACACCGACCUUCCGCGGCCUCCAUCCCCUCACGCACACCUAAGCUGACCGAGCAAACUCACCGCGCGCCCGCCGGGAAUAGCUUUCCAUACAGGUAAAACCAAUAACCGAAUUUUCCAAAAAUGCACCCCGACGGCGCCUGUUCUCAGUAUCGUAGGGGUGGAGGGAAAUUCUUUGUACAUAUUUGUAUAAAAAUUAUUGACUUUCCUUUUGGGGUUUUUAUUUUUUUAAGAAAAAAACAAAUUCAGUAGAUUUAGAGCUCUGAACUUUCAUUUUUUUUGAAGGUUCACUCUCCGCAGUUUUAUCUGAGAAAAUGUAUAGAGACGUUGGGAGAUUUUAAAUACAAAAUUUUCAAAAAGGCGAAGUGUCAUUCUAUUAUAAAAGUCUGUUUAUAUAUGAAUGAAUAUAUAUGGUAUUCUAAAUGUUAUUCCAUCGUGUUGUACACAACUUUGUAAAUAAAUUUUUAAAAUGC